AUGGUAUGGAACAGCAAAGCGCCCCACAAGGCAAUUAUGACGGCGUGGAGGGUGAUUAGGAACAGGAUACCGACCUAUGACAACUUGAGAAAGAGGAGUGUAGCCAUUGGAGAAGAGGACUCCAAAUGCAAUGCAUGCAAGCUCCAUACAGAAUCGUCAAACCACUUUUUCCUGCAAUGUCCGAAGGCGGAGGAGGUUUGGAAUGAGAUACAGUUGUGGAUGGGAAUCAGCACAGCUAGAACUAAUUCGAUUGGUGAAUUUCUCUGUACGUUUGUGGGUCUUGGCUCCGGGAAGAGGUUGGAUAAGUUGAUGAAGUCCCUAUGGGUUUGCUCCAUUUGGACAAUGUGGAAAAGAAAGAAUGAAAGUAGAUUUGAAGGAAAAGUUUGGGAUUCCCAGAGUACCGUUUCAGAGAUUAAGGUACGUUUGUGGUGCUGGAAUAAGAUUUUCGAGAUUGUAAACAAGGAGUUGAAUCUCUCCUCCUGGUGUGAAAAUAACUUGCUCACUGCUCUUGUGUAA